GCAAAUUGACGUCACCUCUCUACGCCUGUCACAAUGUCCAGAUAGACUAUAUCCUAAAGCAAUAAGAAAUGACAGACUUUUUCAAGUCGGCGUUUGGGAUAAUUAGCGGUGGUGGUCCCGGUGGUGCUGAGAAUGAUUUUGUUGGCCAAAUGGUUGAGCUGGGAAACCAGAAACUCCGUGUGAAAAGAGUCAUUGCAGAAGGUGGAUUUGCUUUUGUAUACAUUGCUCAAGACACUACAAGUGGAAAGGAUUUUGCUCUCAAGAGGUUAUUAGCCAAUGAUGAAGAAAAGAACAAAGCAGUAUUGGAAGAGAUUAGAUUCAUGAAAAAGUUAACAGGUCACAGUAACAUUGUACAGUUCAUAGCGGCUGCAUCUAUUGGUAAGGAGGAAUCAGGACACGGCCAGGCAGAAUAUCUCUUACUGAUGGAACUAUGUGGUGGUGGUCAGUUAGUCGAUAUUAUAAAUAGAAGACCUGGUCCUUUACCAUGUGACCAAGUGUUGUUAUCUUUCUACCAAACAUGUCGAGCAGUCCAACACAUGCAUAGACAGAACCCACCUAUAGUCCACAGAGAUCUUAAGGUAGAAAAUUUGCUUUUGAGUUCCCAAGGAUCCAUAAAGCUAUGUGAUUUUGGUAGUGCUACAACAAAGACCCAUUAUCCUGAUUCUGGUUGGUCUGCUAUACAGAGGAGUCUUGUUGAAGAUGAGAUUACAAGAAACACUACACCUAUGUAUAGAUCUCCAGAAAUGUUAGACUUAUACAUGAAUUAUCCUAUCUGUGAAAGUCUAGAUAUAUGGGCACUUGGUUGUGUGCUAUAUCUUCUAUGUUUCAAUGUACAUCCAUUCGAAGACUCAGCUAAACUUAGAAUCAUCAAUGGUAACUAUACCAUCCCAGAUACAGACAGAGAGUACACAGUAUUCCAUGAUCUCAUCAGAUCUUUGUUAAAAGUGAACCCCAAUGAUAGACCUAACAUAACUGAUGUAUUAGACAGAUUACAGGAGGUAGCAGCGGCCAGAAAUAUCAACUUAAAAACUCCACUUAAUAUAACUGAGGGAAUAACUGCUACACCUUUCUCAGAUAAUUCAGAUUCCCCAGUUAGACAAGCACCACCCCCACAACCUCAACCUUCGGCAUACAAUGAGGGACAAACCACAGCAGGGUCAAUAUUUAGUUCAUUGAAAGGUGGAGCAGGAAGUUUAAUGAAAAAUAUCAAAGAUGCUUCAGCCAAAGUCAUGGAAACAGUCUCAGCAACUGUGAACAAGGCAGAUUUGGAUUUGAGUUAUAUCACAUCUAGAGUUGUAGUUAUGUCAUUCCCAUCAGAGGGUGUUGAAUCAGCUUUUAAGAAUCAUAUAGAUGAAGUUAAGAAUUAUCUAGACUACAAACAUAAAAGUUCAUAUGCAGUAUACAAUAUAUCACAGAAAAGUUAUAGGACCAUCAAAUUUGAAAACAGGGUAUCAGAAUGUGGUUGGACAGCUAGGAAAGCCCCAACACUUGCCAAUCUCUUUGCUAUUUGUAAGAAUAUGCAUUUAUGGCUCAGACAAAAUCCACAUAAUAUAUGUGUGGUACAUUGUUUAGAUGGUAAAGCUUCCUCAGCCACAGUCAUUGGAGCAUUCCUUGUGUUCUGUAGAUUGUUUGAAUCUAGUCAACAAGCUUUACAUUUGUUCUCCUCGAAGAGAUGCCAGCCAGGCCUGUCUCCUGCUCAGAGAAGGUAUAUAGGGUACAUUUCUGAGAUGGUAGCUGACACCCCCUAUUUACCUCACAGUAGGCCAGUGAUGAUAAAGAAUCUUAUCAUGUCACCAGUUCCAUUAUUCAAUAAAAUGAGGAAUGGCUGUCGACCAUUUGUUGAGAUUUUUGUUGGAGAAGAUAGAAUAAUGUCAACAUCUCAAGAAUAUGAUAAGAUGAGGGGUUUUGUUGUUGAUGAAGGAAAAGCUAUAAUACCACUAGAUAUGUCAGUUGUUGGUGAUAUCACUGUGAUAGCCUAUCAUGCAAGGUCAACAUUUGGGGGCAAAGUUCAGGGCAAGAUAACAUCAAUGAAGAUGUUUCAGUUACAGUUUCAUACUGGUAUGGUCAAACCUGACAGCACUAAGAUGAAAUUCACACAAUUUGAUUUGGAUCAGUUAGAAACAGCAGACAAGUAUCCUGACCUCUUCUCUGUGUCAUUAGAUGUAAUUGUAUCACCCAAUGAACGUCCUAGAACUGACAGUAUGUACCCGUGGCAAAAAUAUGAUACACAGAAACUGAACCCUAGGGUUUUAUUCUCUUCCAAAGAUGAACUGUACCAAGUUCUUAAUGAGUUUGGUAUAUCAGAAAGAGUAAAAUCCAGAUUACACAGGACUACCAGUCAACCUAGUAGUGAGAACAGCAGUCCUGCUCAUGUACCAAAGCCACAAGAACCAAAACAAGAAACCAUGAAAAAAGAGGAACCAGUUAACAAGACAAGUUUCUUUGACAGUUUGAGUUGGCAACAGGAAGAAUCAAAAGGACAGGGUGAAGUAAAGAGUUUUGCUGAUAGAGAAUCAGAAUCAGGUCUUCUCAGCGGCAGUGAAGAUGAUGAAGAUGACUUUGCUGCGUUAACAAGUGAACGUAUGAAAGGAUUAUCUAAUGGUAAUAGUGGAUCACAAAAUUCUAUUGGUGGAAAGAAAUCACCAAAUGUUGACUUGUUUUCUUCUGGAAAUAACACAGAUAAUGUGGAUUUAUUUUCAAUGGGGAAUCAGUCAAAACAACAAGAUGUUGACUUUUUCUCAUCAGGAAAUAAAAGUGAAAAUGAAGAUUUGUUUUCAUUAGGAAACCAGUCAAAACCACAAAACGUUGACCUGUUUGCGUCACAACCUGAUAAUCAAUUAUUUGAUUUGUCAGGUGAAGAAGCUGUAUUAGAUUCUAAAAAUGGAGGUAUGACAGAACAAAUAGAUUUACUUAAUAUAGAUGGACCUAAUGAUUUUCUAGGUGGACCACAAAAUAGUGCACCUAAUGAUCAGCAAUCUUCAUUUGAUCCUUUCCAGGAAUUGUCUUCUCGACAGACUAAUGCAUUCCCAUCAGCCAACACUACCCAGAAACCAUCUGGAACAUUCGAUCCAUUCCAAACAAGUGUCUCAAACAAUUCCAAUAAUACUCAAGAAGAUGACUUUAUAAAAAUGAUGGAAAGUAGUUCCUCAAAUGACACUGGUCCAAAUUUACUAGGAAACUGGGACAGUGCAAACGUAGUUAAGUUUAAUACAUCAAACAUUCCAGUAAAUAAUAGAUCAAGUUCUAACUUACGACAAAGUCAUUCUGCGUCUAACUUAGGAGGUAUACAACAGAAUAAUAGUGGAACUAAAAUGCCAGCAAUGGGAGGAUUUGGUUCACAACAAAAUAUUUUAUCUGCUAAUCAGGCUAAGCCAGCUCAACAACAACAACAAUCCAAAAAACUGGAUCCAUUUGCUGACUUAGGUAGUUUAGGUAGUAUUGGAGGUAAUAAGCAGUCUGCAGGGUGGCAACAGAAACCAUCUCCGCAAGGUUCUCCUAAACUCAACAGGCCACAGGCAGUCAUCAACAAAAAUUCCCCUCAAGGAUCCCCACAGAUUCCUAGACCUCCACAGCAUAAACCAAACUACAAUGUCAACUUCCCUGCUCCUCCGAGUAACACAGGAAAAUCUAGUGUGAUAGGUGAUAGAAGUGAUCGAGGUGUACGGAAACCAUUCGGUCCUAAGCCGUCAGUAUCUAAUCAUGCCUUUGAAGAUCUGUUGGGAUCACAGGGCUUUAGUGCUACAGCCAAAGCUAACGAACAAAAGACAAUUGCCAGCAUGAGGAGACAACAGUUAGUAGAAGAUAUGGAUCCUGAUAAAUUAAAGCUAAUGGAAUGGAUACAGGGUAAAGAGAGAAAUAUACGAGCUCUUUUGUGUUCACUACAUACAGUCCUGUGGGAGGGAGAGGAACGAUGGAAGGGCAUUGGAAUGCACGACCUUGUCACACCAGAACAAGUAAAGAAAGUGUAUCGUAAAGCUGUGUUAGCUGUUCAUCCAGAUAAGCUGACAGGAUCUCCACAUGAAGAUAUGGCUAAAAUGAUAUUUAUGGAAUUAAACGAUGGCUGGGCCCAGUUUGAGGAGGAAGGAAUGAAAGCUUUAUACUAACAAUCACAUGAUCAUGGACAGUUUCUGCACUUUGGAAGUAUUCAAUCAUUAUCUAGGUCAUAUGUAAUCUCUGUAAUUUUAAUGUUCUCAGUUUCACUAGUCAAUGCUUUGUAUAGGACUGUGCUGUAUGUUUAUUUAAGUUUUAACAUCACUUUAUCAUUUCAUUGAUGUUAAAGGCCAGACUACUUUAAGUGUUUGGUCAAUCAGUAUUUCAUCAAAUUAUUUGGAUUAAUAGGAUGAAUUUCAUACAUUUGAAGGUAUGGCAUGAAUUGCUUUAAUAAUUUACAUAAAAAGGACAUGAAGAAUAAAGUAGGUUUUCCAGUUAGGUACGAAAUUCUAAAAAAAUCUUUGAAUACAAUUUGAAGACAAAAAUUUAAAAAAAUCAAGUAACUAUUGAAGGAUACCAUAACCCCAUGUCAAUCAUCUUUUUCUUUGAAGAUUGAAAAUACCUGAUAUCCCAUAUAUAAAGAUUGAAAUUAUCUAGUACUUUAUCCAAAUUGUGAAAAGAGCAGUAUUCAACAUCCAAAUGGUCUAUUUUAUUUUCUGUUUUAAUAUUUAUAUAAAUUUGUUGCUUUUUGAUGAAAUAUGUUAAACUUAAUAUCUUAACUAUUGUACUUAGGUGUGAAUUAUAUAGUUACAGAAAAAAAUACCUUUAACAGAUGAGACCAUGUUUUAAUCCUCUUUUAUUUUUUAAGUACGUUUUAUAAUCUAGAUAUAGUUUACCAAUGUUUUACAUUUCUUUACUGUUCAUACUUAUUCCUGCUUCCUUGUCCUUUUAAGUGAGCAUAUGGCACAAACGUGUCUAUUGUUCCCAAAAGUGUCCGACUUCAGACCCCUUCAAACAGGCCCACUUUUAAACACCAGAACAUGAUCAUGUCUUCUCUUUAGGUAGGGAUUCCUUUAAAUAUGUUUAUUUUACUUCCCUAUGUAAACAUUGUAUAUGACCCACAAUCUUACUGUUUGUGCAAUAUAAUGGUUUAUAAUGUAUUUUGCUUAGUAUUCAGUAUUUAUGUUCAUUAUUAUCUAAAUUUAAUACAUUAUUUAAGAUUGGAAACCAUAAAUACAAGACAAUGAAUUGAAAAUGAUGUGUACAAAUAAAAAGUUAUAUGUUAUUAUCUGUUAUGAACUAAUUAAUGUAUGUUCUCAAUCUUUAGUAUUUAUCUAUGUAUGUAAAAACAUUCAAUUGAUUAGCAGGUUCUGUUCACAUAUCUAUAUUUCCCCAAGGUUAGUAAGCAUGUAUUUUGUAUAUUUUUGGAAUAUCUGUGAUAACUAUUGCGUAAUCUUAAUAACACACAGGCACUUUCUGUAGACGUAGGUAUUGACUUUCUACAAAUCUCUUUAAGAGUUCUAUAUAUGAAGUAUUAUCUAUUGUUCCUUGGACAUAUGUGCAAUCAGUGAAAAUCAUACAUUUUAGCAUUUUUGAAAUAUUAUUUCUGUAUGUAUAGCAAAUAAAAGUAUGAAUAAGAUUUUAGAAGAAAAGUGUUGACAUUAGUUGUUAUUGUCACUUACAUAUGUUUCUGUUUUAUAAUGAACAAUUUUGAAAAUAGGUAUUUAGAUGUUUAAGAAGAUAAAGAAAAUAAAUGUUUUUUUGCACUAGCAAAUACAUCAGUGAAAGUUGUUAUAUCAGAAUGAGAUUAGGUGCAUUUUAAAUUUGUGUAUAUUAGUUAAUGAUAAGCACUGUUUGUUGUCUGUAAAUAGUGGAUAAUUACGAAUAGGUCAAUAAAUAUGCAUCAGUA